AUGAAAUUGUUGGAAAUUACUCCCGUGGCGAAAGGAUUUAAUCCUAACUUUCAUGUCUCUUACAGGCGUUAUGUUUACCGAAUUCGCCGUUUUUAUUCAAUGGAUGCUUAUCUGAAAAGUCGACAAACUGACCAACAAUCACUCAUUGAUUUAGCUGAAUUUGAUUAUUCUUGGGCACAACCUCCUUCAUUUAAUGUUGAAAAAGCUAAUGAAAUGUGUGCAAUAUUGAGAAGGCCGGGGUUAAAUUAUGCUUCAUUUUAUUUUCACAAAAUGGGGGACAGAUUAAAAGGAAAAAAUUUUAAAACUACAACGGAUAGAAGAUGGCCGAGACUUUUACAAAUUUAUAGAGGAGAACCUUAUUUUCUACCUGAUGAGGAUGCCGAAUAUUUUAAUAUUGAGUUUGUCGCCCAUGGAUUUUUGAGGCAACAGAUUCGCCGUAUGGUUUCACUAAUUUCCCUAGCAGCUCGUAAAACAGACCACGCUAAAUUUGUUGCAGAUUUUCUUCUUAAAGACCCAGACCCAACAAAGUAUCAUCAAAUCGGAAUGAAGUUAGCCCCUCCAAAUGGACUAUUUUUGGCUGAUGUCGUUUAUGAUCCAAGAAUGUUUUCGACUCCAAUUCCUUUUUAUCCAAAUGCCUGGGACGAAGAAAUAAAUGAAGAUAAUAAAUUGGAAAGUGAGGAGGAAGAAGAUGAUGAAGAGGGGGUUGAAUAUUACGAUGAAAGAGAAGAAAGGUGGCAAUUGAAAUUACAGGCAUUUUAA